AUGCACAGGCAAGCCUCACUCAAGGAAAGAGACACUGGUCGCACAUUCUACGUAGUACAUCGUCACGGCGACCCGGCCGACAUUGUGUGCGCCGUAGAAUCUAUAGCAAAGACGGCUCUCGUCAAGGCUCCCGGUGACUUGGCUCGACCGACCAAGGCUUACGGGGUAGCUGCCGUGUUCACCACCCCGGCGUAUCGGGGCCAAGGCAUGGCAGCGUGGAUGCUCCGCCAGUUGCAGGGCGUCAUGGACCUAGAUAGCGCCUUCAGCGUUCUCUACAGCGGCAUUGGGCCUGACUUCUAUGCUAAAUACGGCUGGGAUGCCACCCUCGCCGCUCGGGUCACGCUCUUUCUCCUAGGCAGCGCCCUCACGGCGAGACUAAACGAGAGCCCCGAGAACGGGAGCACAAGGGUUGCUUUCUUGCCCACAUUUGCGCAGGUGGACUGGCAAUUUGAGCGAAACGCGAUUGUCGCGCGCCAGGUGCGGAACCGGGAGCCGCAAAACUAUGGCGCCGCCACCUCGGACGGGGCCAACUGGAUCUACUGGGUUCACGAAGUAGGCCGCCAGACGCUUGGAAUUAUCCGCAUCGUGGGAGAAAAUCCCGCAGCGAUCAUGGACCUCUUGCGCGCCGCGCUUUCCGAGGCCAAGGACUGGGGGUUCGAGAGGGUUACGGUGUGGAACCCGCAAGGCGAUGUCGAGGAGGCCGCGAGGAUGCUGGGCGUCGAGGAUGAGACGGCGGUCCGAGUGCUCUUUGAGGGUCGCCAGGACCGGCUGCCGUGCCUCCGGUGGAAGGGUGGCGAGCAAACGGACGUGGUCUGGGAGGAUAAUCACCACUAUGCCUGGUGCUAA